AUGACGAACACGCCUUUUUCAUCGCCACAGGACGAUGAGCGGCUCCUGUCGAUUUCCCCCCUCAGUGAUGUCGGCCUUCCGGGGCAGCGGUCGCCGCGCGGCGCCUCCCUCGUGCGAAGAGCGUCUACGGAAGUGUCCUUCCUUUGCCACGGCGCGGCGCCGGCUCGGUGCGGAGCCUGUGUUUUGGGUUUUUCGUCAACCGCCACGAAGUGUUCGUUUGGCGUGCUCCUAGACGCAGACAGCACUGCAACGAAACAUGCGAAGGAGCCGAAGAGCCAUGUUAGAUGCCGCGACCAAUGCGCUUCUUCGUCGUCCUCUGCCGCCAGUCUUUCGUGGAAUACGGUGGCAUUGCUUACGAAUCACACUUAUCUCUUUGAUGUUGUCUGCAGUGCUAUGGGUAGUGCGGCGUUCUUUCGCUCCCCCGCGCCGCAGUCCGCCGAUUCUCUAGAGACGUUUCCAUCCGUCCUGUCCUUGUCGCCGCCGGCUAUUACUGCGUGGGAACAUCUUUUGUGUGCCGUGCUAUUUCGUACCUCGGUGGAGGAGGCGGCUGCUUUGCGGCAUGCGGUGUCGUGGGAGGAACAGUGCCGCGUCGAGGAUGUCCUCGCCGAGGUGCGGCGCUGCACCCGUGCCUUGGUUGAUGGACUGCUUCGCUGGGUUCCCGCAUCCGCUGGGGUACGUCUUCUGCUGAGUCGCCACAGCGAUGGCGAUAGCCGCUGCUGCUGGGGCGGCAGUCGUGGUGGAAUUCAAGUGGGGCUUUUAGACGUGGAGAAUGUGUGGCGUGUGCAGCAACACCUCUUCUCGCUGCAGCGCUCGUGGCUAUCGACGGACGAGGAGGGAAAAUGUAGAGAUGUGGCAAUGGGCCUGCGAGCUGCUGCCAGAGGCGUGCGCGAUGUUGACCCUCUUCGGGAGGCUUUGUAUCGCACCCUUAGAGCGUUUCAGCGGCAGAGCGUUCAUCUGUUGCGAUGGGCUGCUGAUAGCCACGGCGAGGCGUACACCGCCAGCACCCAACUACUCGUACGUGUGAUGGCGGUUGUGGCACAUAUUGAGUUUUGUCUGGAGUCUUCGCCCCAAUCGCGUGACACGGGUGCCCUGUAUUGCCACGAUGAUGUGGAAGGCAGUCGUGGUGGUGGUGACGCGUCCGGACUGCCGUUCACGCCGGCGCAGCGGGACCACUUGGUGGAGAUGCUUGCCGUUCUUAUGCACCCCUGCAGCGACAACACUUCCGGCGAGGGAAGGCGCCUCGCCAUGCACUGGCUGUGGGCACAUUUGAGGGGAGAAACAAAUGCCGCACUCUUCACUGGCCCCUCGAGGUUGUUGUUCCACGAUUUUCUUGCCUCCUUUGCACACUGGUUGGUGCUGCACCUUGUGCCGGCCUUGAUGGUGCACGUGAACGCGCUCUCCUGCGGCGACCAGGUGAAUGCUGCGCCGCCGCCGGCUCGUUCAGUGCGAGUACGGUUUAACUGCGCUGAGGAGUCCUCUGCGGAUGAGGCGGAGUUGCUGUCUGCGUCGUCCGUGACACCGCCACGCGUGCCAACCAAAACAGCACCCCACACUUCUUUUCCCUCCUCCUCAGCCGCCGUCAUCGCAGCUCCUGCGGCUCGACGCAACGUGUUGCUAGAGAUCACAAUGACAGAUUGGCUGUGGUGGUUGCGGCACAGGAGUGCAAGGGAUAACGAGGCAGUGUGUGGCGUAGAGUUCUUCCCAUCGCUAUCCUCAACAGCCGCGAGGCUGCUGGGCGUGCUUGACUCCCUCGAGCUGUUUCGCCCGUUGCCAGCAGGCGGGGUUUGGCCGGUGUUGUCAGACAGGGUCUUCGAGCGUCAUGGUGCGUGGGCGGUAGCGCAUUGGGUGGUGGGCUGUAGCCACGCGGAGAUUUUGGCGCUGCGUCAGGAAUACGCUGGCGGAGCACCCCACGCCUCAGCCUCACGAGAUCCAGUGGUGAUGUUCACGCUGGGCGACUUUAUCGCGCGCUACCGCCCCGUUGUGGAUGCCGCACGUGUGUCGUCGCACCUCACCUCGCAUCCACCUUGGCAGGAGGGCGAUUCUGCGGGGGAUCGGCAGUGGCGUCCACUCCCGCCCCUGUUCCACAUAUCCCUUGAAAAUUUUAACGUUUUCUCGCCAAUCAUUCAGGCGAAGCUCAUUUGUUCUGCGGUGACUGUGGACUACGCAGCGCAUGCUUCUCCCAGAGAGGAAGAAGAAGCAGGGGUGUGGCGGCACGUUCCUUCGCAGAGACGUAUGGAUAUCGGUGUGUUCAACAGUGAAGCAGUGCCGGCGAGAGAGGCGCCGUCGGUCGUCGUCAUGGAAGACUCUGGACUCGUGAAGGUGUACGACGCUGGGGCCUUGGAGCAGCUUGAGGGGAGCCGCCUGCGUGGCCGGGCCAGGUUGCAUGGGUGUGGCACACGCAUUCUUCAGUCCUUCCUGCGUGCGUGUUGGUCGGUUCGGUGGAACUUUGUGCCGCUGCGACGCCGCGCCCAACGCCACGCGAUCGUGCUUGUGCAGGCAGCUCUCCGCGUGCAUGCGGCGGCGCUGACGGCAACACGACAAGUGCGGCGUUUGGUGGAGCAGCAGCGGCGCUGGGUAGAGGAGCGACGAAGCCACGAUGUAACGCGGGAGCAACUCGUUCGUCGACUGGAGGCGCAGGCGGCGGGACGCGGGAACUGCGACGGCGAUGCAGGCGACGCCAUGCACGUGGCAAGCCCCGCGGCCCAAACGGCGGUGAGCUGGCCGGCCACACCAUUGGAUGAGCUGCUCGGGGCGCGUGCGAGACGUGUGCCGGAUCCCGCGCUGGGUGUGGAGCGCAGGCUGAAGGAGGGUGGUGGCCCGGCAGCGCUGGAUCUCCUGUUGCAAAAAGAAACAUGGGUAGAGACCCACAGCCGCGGCGCGGUGUGUGACACGGAGCGAAAAGGGCGAGGCAUCAUACAACACGUGGAGGCAAAGGGGCGCAGGCAGCUAUUUUUUGCUCUUGAGGACAAACUACGUGAGCGGUGGCUUUUGCAGGAGUACCGUGACCGACGUGCGGUCGUGCAGCGACAGAUCAAGGAACAUCACGAGUCUCGUGGGCGGGAGCAACGCCGCAAGUGGCAGAAGCAGAGGAAGCAGCAAGCGAAGGUGAUGCAAAAGCAACGCGAGGAAACGCAAAGUCGGUCUUUUGCAACCAGGGCGCGUAACGAGGCACCGCGGCGUGUCGUUGCUUCGUCACAACCUCCCACUGCUGCUGCUACCACCGAGGUCACGUGCAGCGGCGCCUCUUACGCGCCGGACACUACGAACCAUGACAACGCAGACGCCAGUGAGGUGGUCAUCGUCAUUGACGUACCGGGCGACGACGGCGACACGGACGGACCGGUGCAGGAACCGCAGCAGCUUCCUCGUGAUGUUCAUAAGCGCCCUGCAGAAGGUGCUAAAAACGUGGCACCGUCACGAAAUACACGUGUGUGUGCGUCGCUGCGGUCUCCGCACGGUGGAGCUGCUGCGACAGCGAACUCCUGUCGUACCCCUCGGAGAGCGCUCAGGCAGCAGGAGCAUGAGGAUCGCACCUUUAUUGAGCUCAGUCAAUGCUAUCGCUGGCACGUGUUGCUGCAGACCUGUGCGCUAGAGGGGGUUGCGCCGGCUGAGAUGCAGCACCGCCGUCGCAUCUUUCUUGCCUGUGCGCUGGAGCGGCAGGAGCUGCUGGCCCGCUGGCGCACGGUCGUGCUUCCCUAUGGCCUCAUCACAGAGGCGUUGCAUGGCGACUUCCUUGCGGCGUUGGUGAUUCUGCAGGACACCCCGCGGCGUCAUGGACUGGCAGCAAGACGGCAGAUGUCAUCACGAUUCCAUCCCCUCCGCGUAAACACAACUCCCGCGGGGGUUCGGACGCAGCAGUCGCUGCCGUCGUCGUCGUGUCGCCGUACCGGUGGGAGGGGUUUUCCCCAGCUGCUGGGAAAGGACGGAGUGAUGGUGGGUGGGAAUGAUGAGAAUGCGGUCAGCACUGAACAGGUUGCCGACGCCAAAGCAAAGGCAGUGGCUCAUCGGGAAUUUCUUUGCAAGCCGAACUUUCAGCUGCUGGCAGGUCACUUUUCUAAUCCUUACGCGUCGGAUGCGGGGGCUGCGGUGACGGACCGCAGAGCGCCGGCGAAGGGAGGCCGGGGAACAAGCAGGCCGGGGAAAGCGCCCACCACGCGGAGACGUGUUGUCACGUGGGUUGACCUGCCACCGUCUUCGCCGCAGCAGCAGCCAACGCCGUUCGUGUCUUCCACAUGA